GGAUAAAAUGUGCACAGCUCAAGCAGUGAGUGUGUUUUGAAUUAUGUGCUAAUUUUCCAAGAGUUGGUUUUGAAGAAAAAAAAUUCUCGCAUUGUCAUGCAAAAUCUGCCAGAAAUCGCUUUUUUGUCCGGGGUUACUUCUUUUGUUGGAAUUUCAAAAAAUUAGUAGGAUAAUUUUUAACUUCUCAUGCAUUUAAAUUUAAUUGAAAUGUGUUCCUCCGCGCCGUAAUCUAAAGCUACAAAUAUUUCAUACAAGGUCGGACUCUUUUCGUUGCCGCCUUGAAAUGGAUGAUGCACCAACCCCUUCAGCCGAAAGGAUCAGGGAGGACGUGCAACACCUGAAGGAUUGGAUAUCGAAGGAGCCGCACCUGCCGAAAAUUGAAGACGAGAAAUGGCUCCAAACCUACCUCCACACCAACAAAUACAGCCUCGAAAAAACCAAGCGCAAACUAGAAAACCUAUACACGUUGCGGACCAAACUUCCUCACAUCUACAAAAACCGUGACCCCACAGCUCCGGAAAUAUUGCAAGCCAGAGAGGCAGUUACGGUCGCCGUUUCAGACAAGGUGACAAAAACCGGCGGCAUGAUAUACUACUACAAAUUCGGGGAUCCGGACCUUCUGAACAUGGUCGUCUUCACGAAGCGGAUAUUCAUGCUGACGGACGCCCUGCUCGUCGAGUAUCCCGACCUCAACAACUUCAUGUCCUUCGUGGACUGCAACGGGAUCCAGGCCCAGCACAUCCUCAAGACGGCCCUCGGGGCUGGGCCCAUGGCGGAGAUCUACGACAAGGCCUACUCGGAGAGGGUCAGGGCCAUCCACCUCAUCAACGCCCCUGCGACGGUGCACCUCAUGACCGACGUGCUCAAGAAGUACUUCUCCCAGAAACUCGGGGACCGGAUCUACACCCACAAGUCGGGCAGCCUCAGCUUCGGGGAAGAGAUUGAUAUGGACGUCCUGUGCUCGGAUUUCGGCGGCAGAGGAAGCAGCCUCUCUCAACUGGAAGAACACACUCAGCAGUUGUUGGAAAAGCACAGAAAGUGGUUCAUGCAGCAAGACGAUAUCUGCUCGAAUGAAACCUUGCGGAGAAAAGACGAUAGCCAAAUCGAGGAAUUAAAGGGCUCCUUCCGUAGGCUCGAAGUGGAUUAAAGAUUCAGUACUUAUGAGAAUGAUUUGACUGUCGAUCGAUCGUUGGGUGAUAUUUGAAUUUUGAGAACAGUUCACAACAAUGACCCAUUGAUGAGACCUAUUUUAAGACACUAGGGGGUACGCCUCCUGGUCGCUAUGCGGUCCAACCCCCGAGAAGCUUCGCGCGCCUCAGGCGUUAUGCGCAAUGCGCUACGCAAUACUCUCGAUUUAUAUUUUUAUGAAAGGUCGGAAAAUGUCGUAUUUCCAAAAAUCCCCGGGUGUCACAUCAUUCUGUCACAUUGUCGUGUCCUUCGAUGAGAUAUUCACUGCGGACUUAUUUUCGGAGUUGAUUCCGUGGUGUUUCUCCAACAUAUUUUGAAUGUAAAAACCUGUCGCACAAAAGCUAACGUGAUUUACACAGAUUUUUCUUUUUUUAACAUCAUAAAUCCAAAAAUUAUCUUUUGAUCAACAGAUUAGCGACUGGAUUAAAACCUAAAAAGAGCCAUCACAUCAAUUUCUUAAAGAAUCUAAAUCCUAAUUAAUUCUAAAAAAAUUAAUUAAGAGUGGUUUUGAGCUUGACUAGGCUUUGGUUUUCUUCUGUCAAAAAUUCAAAGUCGAGCAAAAAUAUUUUGAAUUUGAAAAUAGCGUUUACUUUUACAGCUAAAAUUUAGUCUCAUGGAGUAAUAACAAUCCAGUCCUUUUUUUGGUUCGAUCUUACUGUACUUUAGUUCCUCUCUACUAAACGCGAUAAAACUGUUAUUCCAGCAGAUAAUGUUUUAGAAUCACCCUCACGCUGACUGUUCAGUUCACGGCGCAACCUCGCAAUAUGUUUUUGCACGUUAUAACUAUGUGAUUUUUUACAAAACUAGACUUUAAUAUCAUAGUAAACUUAUUCAAAGAAUAAAAAAUUGAAUUGAUGAAAAAAUACAAAAAGAAUGCAUGUGAAA